UGUGUGUGUGUGUAGGGAACUCGCUGUACCCUCGCGAGCCUAGCAACUGUUCUGUUACAGUAACCAUAGCAACCGUUAAAGUUUGGGACUGCGCUGCUGCGGUGUCUCUGUUAAUACAUACGUUUUGAACGUCUUUGUACGUCUUGUAGCAACCAUUAGUCACACUGACAGUGUGGUAAAAGAUAGAAGUUUAGAAACAAAUGAAGUAAACGGAGUAUAGCAACGAUGGAAACUGCGGAUGAAAACCAAGACAGCAGUCAACUGAAAGUGCAGUCAGCUGCCUCGCUCAAAGCUUUUAUGUUGAAAAACAGUACGAAAAGCAACCUGAACCUCUAUGACCACCUUACCCAGCUGCUAAUAAAGGUGAUGGAUGAGCAGCUACAGAAUGUGGUGGAUGUGAUUGAGGAUAUAAGCCAUGAUGUGAAGCGGGGUUUAGUUGAAGACAAGCAAAGCACUCUGCGAGACCUUCCACAGACCACAGCUGCUGAGCUUCUGGCUGAACAGCAACGACUGCUGUUUUCUCGGCCAGAGGACGCUGACCAGGAGGAUGAACUGGUGGAAACACCUCUUCCUAAUGUGAGUGAGAUUGGCUUCUACCUAGAGCAAGCUGGAGUGGGUCUGGGCAGAGAAGAGAUGCAGAGGAUCUUUCUCGCACUCAAGCAGCUUGUUGAAUCACAGGCGCUCCUGCGCUGCCGACUGUGGGGCAAGAUUCUGGGAACAGAGAGCAGCUAUAUUGUUGCUGAAGCUGAGUACAGAGAGGGGGAGGAAGAGGAAGAGCAAAUCACUGAUGAAGCAGCUGAGGAAGAGGAGAGAGAGACCGAGGCUCAGGACAGUGAGGAGAAUGAGAUGGAUCCACUUCCUCAGUCGACCUAUAAACCUGCACCAGUGGUGCCAAAGGAGGCCAUAGGGACAGGUGCUAACAAGUGUGUUUACUAUGUGUGCAAAGAGCCUGGUCUUCCUUGGGUAAAGCUUCCUCCAGUCAGUCCUGUACAGAUCACUGUUGCUCGUCAUAUCCGCAAAUUCUUCACUGGAAGGCUGGACACACCAGUUAACAGCUACCCGCCUUUUCCUGGGAAUGAAGCCAACUAUCUGAGAGCACAGAUUGCUCGGAUCUCUGCUGGCACACAGGUCAGCCCCCAGGGCUUCUUCCAGGCUGGGGAAGAGGAAGGUGAUGAGGAAGACGAGGCACCACGAGACAGCUAUGAGGUGAAUCCUGAUUUUGAGGGCAUUCCAGUUGCUGAGAUGGCCGAGUCUUUGUCCACCUGGGUGCAUCAUGUUCAACACAUCCUGCAACAGGGCCGUUGUACCUGGGUGAAUCUGGCUGUGAAACCAGGAGAAGAUUCUAAUGAGGAAGGAGAGGCUGAGGAGAAAGAAGAGGAGCCUGAUGAGCCUGAACCAGAAGUUGGACCCCCUCUACUCACUCCCCUUUCCCAAGAUGCAGAAAUGUUCAACACUCCUCCCUGGAGCUCCAAGAUGUCUUCCACUCUCACCUCUCAGCAUGCAGCAGCUGUGCUACGUUCUAACCUCUGGCCAGGGGCAUAUGCAUAUGCUUGUGGAAAGAAAUUUGAGAACAUAUAUGUUGGAUGGGGUCUGAAGUAUGCAGGGGAAGGGUACAGCCCCCCUGUCCCCCCACCACCACAGAAAGAAUAUCCCAGUGGACCAGAAAUCACAGAGGCCUUGGACCCAUCACUGGAGGAGGAGCAGGCACUGAAAGAAGCUUUAGAAGAGCAGCAAGCUGCCCAGGAGGAAAUGGAGGACACGGAUGAGGAGGAGGAAGAUGAUGACUGAGAGAACCGUUACACCUUUUAAAAUUCUAAGUUUGAUCUUUCAAGCAUUUAUUCGUAAAUCAAUUGCCAAAUAAAUUUGGUAACUCAGCAACAUGCCUUGAUAUUGUAAAUUCAGGUAAACACAGCUCAGUACAUGAAGAGGGCAGUAGUAGUACAGUAGUAGAAAAGAUGAGCUGGAGCUUGCAGUGACAAUGAACCCAACUUCUGUUAAAGGUAGUUUUUGACCACUAGUAGCACUAUGGAACAGUGUUUUACAUCUGGGUCUCUAUGAUGCACAUGUCUAUGCAUAUGCAUGUGGGUGACGUGAAACACAUCCGCCAGCAGAGGAAGUGAAGAAGAAGACUGCAGACUGAAUGAUGCAGAGAAACUCUUUGCAAAUGUUUUAUGGGGAGGCAAAUGUAUCCAGCACAUUUGUUGUGUGUCAAGGUGUCAAGGAUACACACAGUAUAUUUUGGAGGAAAACAAAGUCUAUAGACCGUUUAACUGUUAGCAAUAGCUUAAGAAAAAUGUGAGUUUAUCUGAACAUGUAUGGUCACUCACUUUCCAUGACCGCUAGUGUUACUUGGAAAAAGAGAGAACAGAACAGACAUUUACACUUACCUGGUUGAGAAACUAAGCAUGUAUAUUAAAGGUUAACUGAAGCCAUAUAACUGUGCAUCUUUAGAUGCCUACAGUUAUAUCCUGAAUGGUCAUGUACAAGAAGAAACUUUGUUGGUUUACAAGAAGGUACUUGUAAUAUUACAGAAAGAGAUGAACAUGCUGUCUUAAUUUUACCUCAGAAACACAAAGAAAAGUUCAUUAACCUCCAGCAUUUAAGAACAAGGACCGUGAGGGUUAACAUGUUCCUCUUUUGUAAAGAAAAAUGAAACACCGAAUACCUUCCAGAACCCACAAAUGAGGCCAAUGCAUGCAUUAUAUGACAUUUGAUAUUUAUGAAAAUGAAAUUGGUAGUAGCAGACAGAGAGAGGUUCAGAUCACAUAGAAAUAAAAUAAUAAUACAAAUACAGCAGAUACAGCUUCAUAGGUACAGGUUAUUACAGUGUAUAAGUAUGGUUUUAACUUAAAAGGGUUUUUGUUUUGUUUUUUAGUCAGCACAUCAACCUUUGACAUCAGUGUAAUAUGUAGACUGAAACUGUUUAAAGUCGGAAAGAAAGAGAAGUAAAUUAAUCAACUGCAACCUUUUCACAAGAUGAA